UUUCUUUUCCCCUGUUACCAUUCGGAAAUUCAAAGUGUUUUUCUUCAUAUGACAUCUGACUGCGAGAUUUUUUUGUCAAUUCUUUAAUUUUUUAUUUCACUGCACCAUGUCUACUCAAGAUCCUCCAGGCCCUGGAACCCUGAAGUCUCCCGACGAGUCGGAAUCAGACUCCGAGCUAAUAUUGGAUCUGAGUAACGCUUAUCGAGAACACAAUUUUAUAAAAGCAAGCGUUUCCAGAGAAUGUGACAUGUGCCAAGAAAAAAUAGGAUUUUAUGACGCGGCGUUCCAAUGUACCGAUUGUCAUAAAGUGGUUCAUGCCGACUGCAAAGAUUCUUUCCAAGCUAUGUGCGUGCCCGUGUCGAGUAAGCGUCGUGGCAAAUUGUUACAGGGAAAUAUUGCUGAUUAUGCGCCCGUGAUGCCGCCAAUGGUACCAUCUCUAAUCGUCCAAUGUGUACAACAAGUUAAAUUACGUGGUAUGCAAGAACCAUUCCUGUACAGACAGGAAGGCUACCCAACCGAAGCAAAAUCGAUACUAAGAGUAUAUCUUGCUACAAAGAAAGUGGGGGACUUGAGAAGAGUCAGAAUUCACACGAUCACUCUGAUUAUCAAACUAUUUCUAAAGUCGUUAAGCGAGCCACUCAUCACCGAUGACCUCCGGGAGCGUUUUGUCACCGCGUCUGUGAAGUUAACCGGGCAAAAGCAGGAUGAAGCACUGCGUCAAGCAGUUUCGGAACUUCCGGUACCGAAUCGUGACACUCUCGCUUACCUCAUUCGUCAUCUGCAACAAGUUGCUACCAGUCUCUAUUUCUCUGGGACAAAACAGAAUCUCGCCAUUGUUUUUGGACCCAUAAUGGUCGGUGGAAGCUCUCGAUAUCUGGUACCACCUGAGCUGACCGUUGAACCACGUCAUCAAAUUAAGGUUGUCGCGGACUUGUUGAAAAUUAAUCCGAAAUAUUGGGCUAAAUACGCCGAGCCCUACCGUCCUCAGGCAAGACGUCUCGAGCCAACACCAGGUCGUAAGAUGUUUCGCAAUCCCUACAGCAAUCCGAGGCACCCUGUCUGGCAAAUUGUGGAGAGAAUCGGAACGAAUAUGAGGCAUAACGUCCAACCCUCAAGAAUCCAAUAACGUUCCGGAAGAUCGUCGCUAUACAUUCGUACAGUUUUUAGGAAAUGGCUUCAGUGGCGCCGUCGUGACUGGUUGAUAAUGUAGGUAGCAGCUUCAUCGGUAAAGUUUUCUGCAGUUUCUCUCGCUCACGGAAAGAGUGAUAAAGUUGGGAAUAAGUCAGUUGCAAUCACAUCGACGGGAUUCUUUAAGAAAGAAUGGAAUUUCAGAAUGAAAUUAAUUUGUGUUUGGUAAAAAAUAAAUAUGCACGAAGGCGAAAAA